GCAUCACAAGUGAACAUCAAAAUGAAGUCAUUCGUGCUGGGAUCUGCUGUGCUGCUGCUAGCUUCGGCUACCGCUUCCGCUUCCUACCUCGGUGUGGCGCUGUCGUCGCAGUACCAAGCGCACGACGGUAUCGGUGGCUACUCGUACGGUUAUGCCGAACCGAACUCGCAAAAGCACGAAACGAAGGAUGCGCACGGUAUUACGCACGGUGGCUACUCGUACGUGGACGCGAACGGACACGUGCAGAGCGUGAAGUAUACCGCGGAUCCGAUCCACGGUUUCCAGGUGUCGGGCACGAACCUGCCAAAGGGACCGGCCCCGCAUGCCGUCGCUGUGCCGGCCUGGAACGCGUACGCCUACGCACCGGUGGUGCUCGGACACAACGGUGCACCGAUCGAGACGCCGGAAGUGCAGGCCGCUAAGGCUGCCCACUUCGCUGCCCAUGCUGCCGCCAAGGCACGUCUGCACAAGCGCUCCCUGUACGCACCCUGGACGUAUGCUGCCGCUGCACCGGUUGUGCUCGGACACAAUGGAGUCCCGCUGGAUACGCCCGAAGUCGCUCACGCCAAGGCCGAACAUGCUGCCGCCCACGCUAAGGCUCUCGGAUACGGUCAUGCAGCGGCCGGCCCGAUCCCGGACACGCCCGAAGUGGCCCACGCUAAGGCUGCCCAUGCUGCCGCACACGCUGCCGCCCGUGCCAACCAUCAUGCCGUCGCGCCGGUAACCGUGGCGCACGCCGUCCAUGCGGUCGGUCACGCCGCACACUACCCGCAGCACAUCCCGGUCAUCAAGAACGGUGUGCCGGUCGAAACGCCGGAAGUGCAGCACGCCAAGGCCGCACACUUUGCCGCCGUCGCUAAGGCCCAGGGAUACGCGCCCGCACACGCACACUCGUACUACCCGCAGCACAUCCCCGUGAUCCACAACGGUGUGCCGGUGGAAACGCCGGAGGUGCAGCACGCCAAGGCCGCACACUAUGCCGCCGUGGCGGAGGCUAGUGCGCGCGCCGGAUCCGGUGCCUGGGCUCCGGCCGGUCACGAAGACGACGGUAGCUACGAUGGCCGAUGGGACAACCACUACUAAA